UAACUUCACUACUUCACAAGAACUGAGUGAAACAAACAACACCAGCAUUUCAUCUGUCACGUAACUAAACAUGGAAAUCCUUCCCAUUCUCUCCGAUUCCUACACUCUAGGUUUCAUCGGCGCCGGAAAAAUGGCCGAAAGCAUUGCCAAAGGCGCCUCCCGCUCCGGCGUGUUACCCUCUUCCCGCAUCGUAACCGCUCACUCUAACCCCUCUCGUCGAGCCGCCUUCGAGUCCAUCGGCAUCACCGUCCUUUCUUCCAACGACGAUGUCGUUCGUGCCAGCAACGUCGUCGUUUUCUCGGUUAAACCUCAAUUAGUGAAGGACGUUGUGUUGAAAUUGAAGCCGCUCCUAACUAAGGACAAGCUUUUGGUUUCUGUUGCUGCUGGAAUCAAGUUGAAAGAUCUUCAGGAAUGGGCUGGCCACGGAAGAUUUAUAAGGGUAAUGCCAAAUACACCUGCUGCAGUUGGCCAGGCGGCAUCAGCUGUAGUGUUGGCUGGCGGUGGUCACUCUGCUAAUGGUGUUGUGGCCCAAGGCUCCCAAUCUGAAGGGGAUUCUAACAACACAACUAUAUUUGUUGGAGGGCUUGAUUCUGAAAUCAGCGAUGAGGAUCUCAGACAACCGUUUUUGCAAUAUGGCGAUGUUGUCUCCGUGAAAAUUCCAAUCGGUAAAGGAUGUGGCUUUGUUCAACUUGCUGACAGAAAGAAUGCUGAGGAAGCUAUUCAGGGAUUGAAUGGAACAGUGAUCGGGAAGCAGACCGUGCGUCUUUCUUGGGGUCGCAGUCCGGGAAAUAAGCAUUGGAGGAAUAAUGAUUAGAAUGGAAACCAUUAUGGCGGGCAAGGUUACGGUGGUCACGGAUACGGAGGCCAUGGAUAUGCUGCUAGACAGAAUCAGGAUAUAGCGAUGCAACAACCUGCAGCUGCAAUUCAAGGGGCUUCGUAACGGAAUCAGAAUC